CUGUCUCUUCACUCUUCACUAGCCACGGUCAAAAAAGAUAUCCGACUUUGCAUUUUCCUUCUCCCUUCUCCCCUCCCUCAACCUGAGCGCCCGUCGAAACAGCCAUCGCGGCAGUACAACAACAGUAUAUCCGGCAUCCUCGUAUUGCGCGAGGGUAGUUUCUCUCCGCUAUUCUGGGGACGCCUUUUAACGGCUGGGCUAAUCAGCUACCCAUAACAACUCACGCAACACGAUCGAUUCAACGCUACACCGUACACGAUACUGCGCUGCAUAUACUGCGAUAUACAUUAUCGCGCAAUACAUACUGCAUGGUCACCGAGGAUUGAUUGACGUGCUGAAGGGGCUCACAUCGCUCUCCGUUCAUCGAGACGCUCUCCAUGUGAGGCUUCGCAUUGGCAAUGGCUACUCAACACGAGGCAGAACCCGCGCCGACGAAUAUCGCAGGUUCCGCUACCCUCUCGGCUUUACCGAUUUCCAAGUCGGACCACUCAUCGACGUCGACGCCCAAGAACAGGUCCGAUGCGCCCGACGACUCGAAUACCAGUGCCCUCCCGGGUCGCGACAAGGAUGCCUUCAAGCAGAUCCUGAUCGGGCAGGCCGUCGCCCGAGACCACAUACAUUCCGCCGCCAUGUUUAGCGACAAGGACCGCCAAAAUGACCACAACAAAUACCAAUACAAGAUGAUUAACGAUUACAAACUGUUACGGAACGAAUACCGAGUCUGGUUUACUCCUAGCAGGCUCUUUGGCGAGGGCUAUAAUGGCUACGGCAAUGGGACUACUGAGAUUGGCGGCCCGUCGCGGGUCACGUAUCCUCACCUCCGGCCCCGGCCGGGUCAGCGAAAGGCACCACGUCUGAAGUGGAAGAGGAAGGACAUGAAGCAGCAGGCCGAGCAACAUGAAGAACUGGUCCCCGUCAGGCUCGAUGUGGAUUGGGACAAGAUCAAGCUGCGUGAUACCUUCACUUGGAAUCUCCACGAAAGAAUUGUGGGCGCCGAGCUAUUUGCGGCUUAUUUGGUUGAGGACAUGGGGUUGAAGCCGCCUGCUUUCCAGCCUGUUUUCGAGCAGGUCGUCCAGCAGAUGCACGAGCAGCUCAACGACUUUUACCCGUUCGUAUUCUCCGACGAGGAUGCGCUAGACCCCGAGCUCCCGUAUUCGGCUUGGAAGAACGACGAGAUGAGGAUUCUGGUAAAGCUGAACAUCACCAUCGGACAGCACACGCUGGUCGAUCAAUUCGAAUGGGAGAUCAACAACCCGCUCAACUCGCCCGAGGAGUUCGCCGCAAGCAUGUCUAAAGACCUUGCGCUGUCGGGAGAAUUUACCACCGCCAUCGCCCACUGCAUACGAGAGCAGACGCAACUGUUUACGCGCAGUUUAUACAGCGUCGGACACCCCUUCGAUGGCAGGCCCAUUGAGGAUCCAGACUUGGUCGCGGCCUUCCUCCCGUCGCCGCUACCCUCCGUAUUUCGGCCGCAGCAGCAGGCUAAGGAAUAUGCCCCCUAUCUAUACGAGCUAAGCGAGACAGAUCUCGAGAAGAAUGAGAUGGUAUUUUCUCGAGAGCAACGGAGGCAGAAGAGGUCUAUAAAUAGGCGAGGAGGUCCCUCGCUACCUGACUUGAAGGAGAGACAGAGAACUAUCCGGACUCUCGUCGUAUCCAGUACAUUACCCGGCGCGGCGAGCACGGUGGAGGAGAGUAGGCUCUACAAGCGAGUGGCGGGAGCGCCGGGCACCGGCCGGAGAAGAGGAGCAGGCGCACGCGACGGCGAUAUCUCCGACUCGGACGAGAGCGACGACUCGGGGCCGGACUCGCCGGCAGCUUCGCAGUUAGCUGGCACGGCGAGGACGAGAGGCAUGAGAGGCGCUGCGACAGCUGCGCAACAGCGCAUGGCGAAUCUCGGCCGCUCCGAAACCCCCGAAGCCACUAUACAUCAUCACGAAACCCGGACGUCGAGGAGAUCUGGGCGUGAACUUACAAGAGAAGACACCGAAGAGCCCCAACACUACUUCGUCACCAUGAAGGUCCCGAAAGAAAAGUUACGGAAAUUCAUCCGCGAUCUGAAGCUGAAGCAGAGCACGCCAGGUCGGUCACAGACACCAUCGCAACCCCAAGGCCGCGCACACAGCGCUUCCGUAUCGAACGCCAUGCCUCCCCCUUCCACCCCGAAUACGUCGACAUUGGCGGCGCCAGCGACAACGCCCACCGCCAGCAUACCUCCAGGACAGAUCGGUCGCGUUGAAGCCCCAGUUCCAGUAGCCGGGGCACCUCCCCCAGUACCCCCCCCUCCUCCCACGUGGCUCGUCGCGGCGCUGGAUAAGUUCAAGCAGGAACCAGCCUACGCGAACGAUAAUUUCGAAGGCGUCAUGCGGUACAGCGCGGUCGACACCAACACGGGCGCGCCAGCCUCGGUCCCGCAACAGGGCCAACCGGUUUCCCCGCACAUGCGGUUCUACUUUCUACCCCGUAUUCGCUGUCUCGACUGCCCCGGCAAGCUGUACACCCCCGGCCCGGACAUGUCAGCUUCUAAUUUCGAAGUGCACCUCAAGAACAAGACCCAUAAAGAGAGGGUCGAGGCCCGGUUAGUGGCAACCAACGGGAAACCCGGCGGCGGCGCCUGAGCGAGGGCGGUGAAAUUUAUACCCCGAUUUACCUCGCUAUUUUUCUUUGCUCUUUCUCUCCGCCGGUCCCCCCAGCUCUCUCACAUCUCCUUUACUAUUAUCUCUUCUAUAGCGGACUUGGAGCAGACGCCUUUCAGGAAUGGGGACUAUAAGACAGAGAGAGAGAGAGAGAGAGAGAGAGAGAGUUACGCAGUUAACUUAUUUGAAGACAUUUAGCCUCGGAGAUGGACCCCUAGAUGGACGCGGACGUGUCUCGGCCGGAUAAAUAUUGUUAGUCGCGGGAGAGUUGAAAUGUGGUGCGUUCCGAUCGUCGGCAGGAAGCGCCGAGUUUGUAUGAAUAGGUACACCCGACCUACCCAACCAGCCUGCUUUCACGCCCCCUUCCUCCCCCCCCAUCAUCCAUAUAAUAAGUAGCAUUCUCUUUGUAGGAGCAUACCUGGUAGCGAAGUCGGUUCGAGCCUCGCCGACGCGGAAUUGGAGACGCAUUCCCAUAUGUAUGCUUACCCGGGACUUGCACCGGCUGCGCACCUAAGCACGGUGUACUGUGCCAUGUUUCGACCAGAGCAGGAAUGAAUCGAUAACAGGUAGGUACCCAAUGUACAUACUAAAGGUGUGGCUGGGCCACGAUAAUAC